CACCCCCUCUUUGAAUAACCCUAACUCCCUAAGCCUCGUCUCUGGGUGGAACCACCCCCUCCCCAGCCAACCUCGUGCCCUCGUCUCUCUGUCUCUGCUCUCUCGAGGCAGUGGGCAGCCCAUCGCCCUCACCUCGUCUCUCUCUCGAGCUCGGCGCCGGCAGCCCCUCACCCUCACCUCGUCUCUCCCCUCGUCGUAAGUUUGUCACUCACUCGGCGUCGUCAGUUCGUCACUCUCUGUCUCUGGAUCUCUCACCUCGUUGCUCUCUGGUCUCUCACUGUGAGUCCGUGACCCUGCGUUCGCUUCGUCAGAACCAGUGAAGCAGCAUCUGCUCCCUCGGGUGGUGGUGGCGGUCGUCGUCUUCUCAACCAGUUAUGACCGGGAUAACUGGGUGAAUCAGUGACCCACCAGUUGAACUAGUGACCCGGUCAUAUGACCGGGUUGAUUACCGGUUCGAUUCUGAUAACUAUGCUUUUUCUUCUCUUCCAAUCCCAAUACUGAACACCGAUAAAUGGAAGAGAAAGGGAAUGAGCAAGGAUCAAAUGUUUCAGCGGUAGGGGUAUUUGAGAUACCAGGAGAGCCUGCUAUCGUAAUCAAUGGUGUGCCUGAAAUAACCCCCAGUGACAAAACUGAUUCUGUGCAUAAUGCUUCAGGCGGCACCGUUGAAGAAGCAUACACCCCUUUGGAUUUGGGUGAAUGGUUCGAAGGGAGGGAGGUUCGAAAGUGGUUCAUGGGAAGGUACUACUCAGGUACGGUAAUGGAGUUUGACAAACAAACUGGGUGGUACAGGGUUCUCUACGAAGAUGGUGACUCGGAAGAUCUUGAUUGGCAUGAGCUGGAAGAGGUACUUGUUCCUUUGGAUGUUACGACGACGCUUAAGGCACUGGCACAGAGAGUUGUCAAGAAAGGCAAGAAAUAUGCUCAUAAGUCUGGGAAAACUGCCAAAAUCAAAAGAAGGGCAACAAAAGGAAAGUAAGUAGACUCUGGCUCUAGUUGAAAAUUUGGAGAUUUGUAAUAUCAUUUGCAAUUUGUAUAGCAUCUAACAUCAGUGCUAGUGCUUGAGAAAAAUUAGCCGAUUCUAAAACUGCUCUGCUAGAAGAGAGAUUAGGAAAUCAGAGCUGGUGGAAAUUGUUAGAGGAGUAAGGAUUUUUUAUUGUUUUGUAGUUAGGGAAAUUGUUAGAAAUGGUGAUUGAAAUGAAUGUGUUUCUCAUGCUUCCGUUUUGAUUAGUUGAAGAGAAGUUGCUGUCUGGGAUGAAAAUUCAUAA